GUGUGGCUGUGUUAAUUGCUUCCUUUAUAUAUGUUGCGGUGUACGGGGUCUAUGGCGCAUAUCUCUUCUCGACCUGUUCACAACCUUCCUUCAUUUUCGGCGACCCAUAUAGCUAUAGCACCAAGGUUGUGCCUUUAGUAUACAUCUCACCUGAAAUGAGCUGCUAACUAUUCUCCACGCGACACUUUGACCAAAAUAACGACAGCUGCACUUCGGGGUAGCCUGCACUAAAAUGUAUGGAAGGAGUAAUCCAGUGCUAAGGCACUUUAGCGCAGAUGAGAUUGCGACGUUGGGGAGCUUGCAGGUUUUGGAUGACCUGCGUGAGCAAGGCGGUCGAGUACCAACCCUGGAAGAGCUGAACCCCCGCCCAAUCCCCAGCUACGAGGAUUACUUUGAGUUUGACAGGCCCAUGACAUCGGGAAUAGCAGUUACAGGGUCACGGGACUUGCUUGUGGAGGAGGCGACGAUGGGCUUUCAUUCAUCCGACCUGGCGCCUGGCAUGGCAUCUGUGCCCCUUGACAGCGGUUCCUCCGCCCCUUCGGACCUACGAGUCACCUUCACACCACCACCACCCGGCUCCUCCUCGGCGCAUGAGGUGGCCUACCACCGCAGAGGUCUUGUCAUCAGCGCCAGCCUGCUCGCCAGUCGCAGCAGCGAGCUGGCGUCCCUCAGCCGACAUGGCCCCCACGCGGCCUCCCAGGGGCGCCCCUCCAGUGGCCACAACAGCCGCACCGGCAGCCCCGCGCCGUACACACGAACCGACAGGUCUUCCGAAAGUCAGGCGGCCGUGACGCCUCGUCGGUCGUACGACGACCGGCCUUCCUUGAAGCAGCCGCCCUUUCGUGCGGGCAACCCCACCACUGCGACACGCAGACCAGCGACCGCAGGUGCCUCCCGCCGGACCGUAUCCACCUCUCCUGGCACCUCCCGCAGCCCCAGCCCCCGGCCCAGCCACCAGCCCCCUUCCAGCGAGGCGGGCACAUCAUCAGAGCCCCGCACCCAACCUGACGGCGCCACCGGCACCACUGGCAGUGGCAGCAUUGCGGCCGUGCGUGGAAUAGGCGCCAAGAUAUCGGGCCGUCCGGCCUCAGCAAGAGUCGAGCGAGAGCGGCGAGGGGAGCACCCUGGCGGAGACGCGGGCGGCACUGGAGGUCCCGGGGCUGCUGCAGGUGCUCCUCGGCCUGUGAGCGCGUCGCCCCGCACGCCUCGUGGCGGACAACCUCAGGACUCGCGGAGCAGUGGGGAUCAGGGGGAUGGUGCGGGUGCUGGCGGGCGCGGUAGGGCAGCGGGCAGGCAGGCGGGGCCGGUCCCGGCGUGGUCGCCUGCGGCCGGAGUGGAGAACAUGCGGCUGCAGGAUGACCCGAGUGAGGCCGCCCGUGUGGCACACUUGCUGAACGACCCACGGGUCAGUCCAGCGGCGACCAACGAGGACGCUCCUAGCACGGAGUCCAGCCCAUUCGAACGCACCCCGCUGCAGCUGGCGGAGCAGAUCCUGGGCGGCUCGCCACGGCCCGGGUCGCCCGGGGCCCAGUCCAGCUCCCCGGGCUUCGACCGACAGGCUCGGGCGUCCAUGGUCUCGGACAGAUACUUUGACCAGUACCGCCUGCGCAAGCACCGCGAGGCGCAGGGCGUCCCGGACUACCGCUACUCGCAGCCUCGCUCCCACGGCGCCCAUGUGCCCGUGCAGCCGCGUAACUUCUCAUUCGAUGAGGCGCACCCCGCGCUGGCGCAGGAGCACUACGUGAGGUCGCCCGCACAGGAUGCCAUGCUGCAGGCGGAGCGCCGCAAGAUGCACCAGCAACUGAUUGGGGCCGCCCGUGCCGCCGCCAAGAACCGCAUCACCAUGCCCGCGAGCGGCGGUGCCGGCACCCCCACCGCCGCCUCACAGCAGCUGUCUGGCGAUGUGGAGCGAAUCGUCCGGGUGCGGGAGGCGGGUCGAGCGCGGCUGAGGCAGCUGGAGGAGGAGGGCGAGACGCUGCGGCUGCAGACAGUGCAGAUCCAGCAGCGUGCAAGGGACGCGAUCGCCCGCAGCACCCAAAUCACCGCAGCCACGGGCCUGCGCUCACGCCCUACCUCAGCAGCCGCCUCGCCCUACUCCCGACGAGGCACCCGCUCCCGCUCCACCUCUCCCAUGUCGUACAACGGUGGUUUCGGAGCCUCUGGAACCAUGUACUACAGCAGCCGCUCCCCUAGCCCCUCGCCCAGCCGCUUCCGUCCCCACAGCGCAAGCCCGGUUAACGGCUCACUCGGUGCGGACCGCUCAGGCGUUGCUGCCGGGGAUGCUGCCGGCGGCGGCAGGUUUAAUUAUGAGGGCAGCAGCUACUAUGGUUCGCCGCCUCGACAACACUACGACCAAAACUACGAUCAUCACCAUUACCAGCAGCAGCACCAGCAGCAGUGGCAGGAGGAGGGCGGGUACUAUGGCGUCGGCUCUGAGAGGCCGGCAGCGGGGUGGGCUGCAUCUCAGCGGCCGCUGUCGGCGCCGCCACCCCGGCAGCAGCCGGUGUCACCGGGGCCGGGGCCGGGAGAGGCGCUGCAGAUCUUGGAUGUGAUUGAUGAGGUUGAGGGGUAUCCUCAGGGUACUUCCGAGCGCGCGGCCACCCGACAAGGCCAGCGCCGCACCCCCAGUCGCCGUGACACCGACAGCAGCGGCCAGGAGGACCCCCUGGCCCGCGCCGGCCGGGUGCUCUCCUCCCGCAAGCACGCGGGGGUGAUGGACGAGCAGGAGCAGCGGAUUGCCACGGGAGUGUACGACGAGUCGCGGUACGAGGAGUACCAACGGCAGGUGGACCUGGAGAUGCAGCGCCGGGCGGUGGAGGAUGGCUACGACUCGGACCUGGAGCGAGACGAGGCGGCGGGGCUGUUGGUGCGGGACCAUGAACAGGAGGCGGAAGAGGAGGAAGAGGAGCGCAAGAGGGCACGGGAGUUCAGCUGGCAGGAGGAGGAUGAGUGGAUGGAUGAGUACCGACAGCGGUUUGGUCCCGAGGACGGCUACAUGCCCUCACGCUCCGUAUCUGCCAGGGAGGGGCCCGGAAGCGAAGAUGAAAUUGACGGCGAGCCCCACGCCCAUCAACAUCAUCAUCAUCACGAUCACCCCCAUCAGGGCCGCGCACAUCUUGGUCGCCAUCAGGCUGGCCCUGCCUACCAACAUCGCCACCACCACCAGCCUCAUGGCGGCGGCUCCCCCGGCACUUCGUCUCCCCUGCGGCCGCAGCGCUCAGCCCUAUCCGAGGCAGAUGAGGAGCUGCUGCAGCAGCAUUUCGUGCCGCUGAUCUCACCGGAAAUUUCCAUGAAUGCUGCGGGAUACGCAUCCGAGGGCCCGGAGACCCGCCGCUCGCGACGCCGGCUGUUUUUCAAGAGCACCGUGCCGCAGCCCUUCACCUUUGAGGAGCGGGAGAAGGCUCGGCCUAAGCGCAUCUCAAAGGUUAAGAUGGAGCAAGACAUGGCUAUCCGGCGCGCCGAGGAGGCGGCGGCCCGCAGCCGGCACUUCAAGGCCAGCCCCGUACCCGACGCCGUGGUGGAACCGCGAUACGAACACAUGCUGGUGAAGGCGGAGGUGAAGCGCCAACUGAGCCACCAACAGCACAUGGACAGCGUGCUGGGCCAGCCCUUCUCCUUCUACUACCGAGACCAGGAGAUGCAGGCGGAGCGCGAGGCCCUGGCGCGAGCCGCCAAGGACCCCAACCGCUUCCGAAUGCCCUUCCAAGCCAGGGACGUGCCCUCACACACCAAGGAGGAGAAGUUCCGAGUCAUGAUGUUGGAGCUGGAGGCGCGGCGGGAGUACUCCAAGCGGCGAAUCGAGGAGGCGCGGCGGGCGGCCCGGGAGCGUGUGGAGAGGGAAGCGGAGCGCAGGCGUGAGGUCGCCAAGCGGGCCUACCAGGAGCGGCUGCGAACUGUCGACCCCGCCGUGCACCAGGGCCCUCACCCCUCCCGACCCGCGGGUGUGGUGCCCGACUUCAACACCAUGCACCGGCAGUUUGAGGUGCAGAUGGCACAGGCGAGAGCCAACAUUCGCAAGAUGGUCACGGCGCCACGGGAGUUCAGACUGAACGGAGGCACCCAAGAGGAGCAGGCGGCCAGGGCUCGCAAGGCGGAGGAGCGGCGGCGCCGAAUCAUCCUGGACAUGCAGGUGGAUGCGGAGCUGCUCCCCGAGUCCCGCUGGCCCUUCAAGUCACCUCGCGGCAAGGUACGCCGCAACCCGCCGCCUGCCUACCUGGUGGAGUGGAUGACUCGCACUCAGGGCACACAUGCCGCCAGUGCACGCAAGUCCUCCACUGCUGCAGCGGCGCAGGGCGGCGCCUACCAGACGCGCGCAGAGAGGGAGGCAGCGGAUCGUAAGGCCUCCGAAAAGCUCCGAGCCGAGGCGUUACGUCGUGCGGACCGGCUGCUCAAGGCUGCCCAGGAGCGCAAGCAGCGGGAGGCAGCCUCCGCCGGGGUAGGCGGCGGGGAGUUUGGGAUUCAGAGUGACGUGGUCGCCACGGCGGGUGCGGGCCCAGAUCAGGGAUCGACAUCAAGUGGCCGUGGCGGCGCACAGCGGCGACGUGCGGCAGUGGCGGGGCGCCAGGACAACCCGGAGGUGUACGUGGACGCUCGUCAUGCGCAGAUUGAGCGGCGCGUUCGCUCCGUGGUGGAAGAUGCGCUGCUGGACCAGGGCAUCGAGGCGUACCGUUAUGUGGAGGGUAUUGACGCCAACAAGAAGGGCAACAAGACGUCCAAUUAGAGGAUUCGGGUGCUGCUGAGAGUGUGACCGUGCCCCGUGAAACAGUGGGCUAUGUAUGAUAAGUAUAUGCAGUAGUAAUUAGGUUUUACGCGCGCUGCUGGCGGGUACCCACGUCUCAGGACAAAAAUGCAAGCGGGUGGGUUACUUGGAGACGGGCCCUGAGUGGGCCGGGGCUGUGUGUCGUAAAGGCCACUGUUGCCGUACGAGAGGAUUACGUCGCUGGCACUUAUGACCUGGCAGUACACGAUCAUUGUCCUGUAGAAGGUGCACCCAGCUCGCCUACCUUAAAGGAGGGAGGGCGGCAGGGAGGCACGUGGAACGAUAUGCAGCGUGCAAAAGCCAGGAAAGGAGGGC